CUUGUAAUAGUGGGUGUACCAACAUGUCUCGUGGUUCCAGCGCUGGUUUUGACCGCCACAUUACCAUUUUUUCACCCGAGGGCCGCCUCUACCAAGUAGGACUGAGGACCCCAGCUUCUUGCUGGCUGUUUGACUGGAAACCAUCGCGGUUCCUCGCCACAUGGCCCCUUACUUCACGAAGCCAGCAAGGAGAAUCUCUAGAAAUAUGCUUUUAAGGCUAUUAACCAGGGUGGCCUUACAUCAGUAGCUGUCAGAGGGAAAGACUGCGCAGUAAUUGUCACACAGAAGAAAGUACCUGACAAAUUAUUGGAUUCCAGCACAGUGACUCACUUAUUCAAGAUAACUGAAAACAUUGGCUGUGUGAUGACAGGAAUGACAGCUGACAGCAGAUCCCAGGUACAGAGGGCUCGCUAUGAAGCAGCUAAUUGGAAAUACAAGUAUGGCUAUGAGAUUCCUGUGGACAUGCUAUGUAAAAGAAUUGCAGAUAUUUCUCAGGUCUACACGCAAAAUGCUGAAAUGAGGCCGCUCGGUUGCUGUAUGAUCUUAAUUGGUAUAGAUGAAGAACAAGGCCCUCAGGUGUACAAGUGUGAUCCUGCAGGUUAUUACUGUGGGUUUAAAGCCACUGCAGCAGGAGUUAAACAAACUGAGUCAACCAGCUUCCUUGAAAAAAAAGUGAAGAAGAAAUUUGAUUGGACAUUUGAACAGACAGUUGAAACUGCAAUUACAUGCCUGUCUACUGUGUUAUCAAUUGAUUUCAAACCUUCAGAAAUUGAAGUUGGAGUAGUUACAGUUGAAAAUCCUAAAUUCAGAAUUCUUACAGAAGCAGAGAUUGACGCCCACCUCGUUGCUCUAGCAGAAAGAGACUAACGUAAUUAGCUUACGGAAUCCGUGAAGCCACUUGCCAGUGCAUUUGGUAAAAACAAACCAACAUUAUGGAGGCCCCUGGAUUGAAAAGGAACUUCUCCCACUCCUCCCACCCCUGAUGUGGUUAGGACUCUGUAUAAAUAAAAACAGUGCUUUUAGAAAAUAAUUGCAUCCUGUCUUGUUUACCUCCAGUUUCAAGUAUUAAGCCUUUAGUACAUGCAAACUUUUAAAUGUUCAUUAUGCUCAAAUUGUAAUUUUAUUCAUUUUGUUUAUAGCUCCUUGGCUUCAGGAACUUUAAUAGCCAGAAAUUUAAACUAGCUAUGUGGCAAAAUUAAUAAAUAGCAAAAUAAAACUUUGCUUUUUUAUUAUUGUAUUUUAUGUGAAAGUUUACAGCACUAAUUAGUUACUCAUUCAAAAAUUUAUGCACAAAUUGUUUUGUGACAUUGGCUACAAUCCCUGCAGGGUGUUAGCGCUCUCCCUCUUUCCCUUUACACCCUGGAUUUCCCGUCCCAUCCUGCCUUCUCGUCUUUGCUGUUGGGCAGGCAUUGCCCAUCAGGUCCCCUAUACUUGAUUGAACUAAGAAGCAUAUUCCUCACAUAUGUUAUUGUUUGCUUUAUAGGCCUGUCUAAUUUUUGGCUGAAAGGUAGACUCCAGGAAUAGCUUCAAUUCUGAGUUAGCAGGUGCCUGGGGGCCAUAGUUUUGUGUGUCCCUCCAGUCUCUGUCAGACCAGUAAGUCUGGUCUUUUUUUGUGAAUUUGAAUUUUGUUCUAUAUUUUCUCCUGCUCUGUCCAGAACCCACCAUUGUGAUCCCUGUCAGAGCGGUUGGUGGUGGUAGCCGGGCAUCAUCCAUUUCUUCUGGGCUCAGGCUGGAGGCUGUGGUCCAUGAGUCCUUUGGAUCGAUAUUUUCCUUGCAUCUUUCGUUUUCUUCAUUCUGCUUUGCUCUGAACAUGAUGGGACCAAUAGAUGUAUUUUAGAUGGCUGCUCGCAAACUUUGAAAAUCCCAGAAGCUACUCACUGAAGUAGGAUGUAGGACAUUUUAUGAACUAUUUUGUACCAGUUGACCUAGAUGUCCCCCGAGACCAUGGUCCCCAGCCAUCAGUCCCUCAGGUGUUUGGAUGUGUCUAGGAAACUAUUGUUUUGCUUUGGUCAAGUUGUGCUGACUUUCCCUAUAUUGUGUGUUGUCUUUCCUUUCACCAAAAGUUAACACUUGCCUACUAUCUAGUUAGUGAUUACCCCCCACUCCCUUGUAACCAUCAAAAAUUGUUUUUUUCUAUGUGUAAACUUUUUCUUGAGUUUUUAUAGGCGACACUGGGUCUGGGUUUUUAUAAUAGUGGCCUCAUACAAUAUUUGUCCUUUCGUGAUUGACUUAAUGUCACUCAGCAUAACGCCCUCCAGAUUCAUCCAUGUUGUAAGAUGUUUUGCAGUUUAGUCACGUAUCAUCAUCUACCCAUUCAUAUGUUGAUGGUGCUUAGGUUGUUUCCAUCUUCCUGCUAUUGUGAAUAACGCUGCAGUGAACACGGGUGUGCAUUUGUUUAUUUGCUGCACUUAUUUCUCUAGGAUAUAUUCCUAGGCAUGGGAUUGCUGGAUCGUGUGGUAUUUCUAUUUCUCACUUUCUAAGAAGGCAACAUAUCAUUUUCCAUAGUGGUUGUACCAUUUUGCAUUCUCACCAGCAGUGCAUAGGAGUGCUGAUCUCCCCGCAACCUCUCUAGUAUUUGUUAUUUUCUGUUUUUUUGUGAUUAGUGCCAGUAAUGUUGGGGCGAGAUGGUAUCUCACUGUAGUUUUGUGUUUCUCUAAUGGCUAAUGAUCAUGAGCAUUUCCUCAUAGCUGCCUGAAUGUCUUCUUUGGUGAAGUGCCUGUUCAUAUCCUUUGCCCAUUUUUUAAUUGGAUCAUUUGCCUUUUUGUUGUUGAGGUGUUGAAGUAUUCUAUAGAUUUUAGCAAUUAGACCCUUGUCAGAUAUGUCGUAGCCAAAAAUGUUUUCCCAGUCUAUAGGUUCCCUUUUGGAAACACUGGUGGCAUAGUAGUUAAGAGCUACAGCUGCUAACCAAGUGGUUGGCAGUUUGAAUGCACCAGGCUCUCCUUGGAAGCUCUAUGGGGCAGCUCUACUUUGUCCUUUAGGGUUGCUGUGAGCUGACGGCAACAGGUUAGGUUCUCUUUUAACCCUUUUGGUGAAGUCUUUAGAUGAGUAUAGCUCCCAGUUAUCUAGUUUAUCUUCUAGUGUUUGUGCCUUGUUAGUUACUGUUUGUAUUGAAUUUAUGCCAUGCGUUAGGACCCCUGGCAUUGUCCCUAUUUUUUCUUCCAUGAUCUUUAUCAUUUUAGGUUUUAUAUUUAGGUCUUUGAUCAAUUUUUAGUUUUUGUGUACGGUGUGAGGUAUGGGUCCUGUUUCAUUUUUUUUUACAGAUGGCCAUCCAGUUUUACCAGCACCAUUAAAACUCUGCUUUUGAAACUUGCUCUGAUGGUAAGUUGGCUUGCAAGGCAAGGCCUUUAUUUUACAUUUCCUCAUUCAAGCAGGAUGUUCCUGAGUUUGGAUUCCAAGUUCCAUUGACGGCUUUAAAUAUAAUAAAAAGAUUAGCAUGAUUGAUGUUUGGUAGUCUUAAGAUAAUACAUUUAAUGUGUAUUCAAUAAAGAACCAAUAUUUUUAAGAGUAGAAAUUGUAGUUACUUUGAGGAAACAAAAGUAUAGAAAGUGGUAAGAUAUUUGUAUUUUUUGUGCUUCCUUAAGGUUAAGUAUUUAAAGCAGCUGUUUGAGUAACUGGUUUGUUGUAAAGUUUGGAGCUCCCAUCAUAAACAAUGUUCAGGGAAAAAGACCAAACAGUACAUUCAGAAUAAUCAGGUUUUUGUUUGUUUUAAAUUUGUAUUUUUAUUUAUUCAUUUUUUUUAUUGUACUUUAAGUUUACAAAUCAGGUCAGUCUCUCAUACAAAAAUUUGUAUACACCUUGCUAUGUAUUCCUAGCUGCUCUCCCUCUAAUGAGACAGCAUACUCUUUCUAUCCUGUAUUCCCCAUGUCCAUUCAGCCAGCUUCUAUCCCUCUGUGCCUUCUCAUCUCCCCUCCAGAAAGGAGCUGCUCACAUAGUCUUAUAUGUCUACUUGAGCCAAGAAGCUUACUCCUCACCAGUAUCAUUUUCUAUCCCAUAGUCCAGUCCAAUCCCUGUCUGAAGAGUUGGCUUUGGGAAUGGUUCCAGUCAUGGUCUGGGGACCAUGACCUCCGGGGUCUUCCUAGUCUCAGUCAGACCAUUAACUCUGGUCUUUUUAUGAGAAUUUGAGGUCUGCAUCCCACUGUUCUCCUGCUUCUUCAGGGAUUCUCUGUUGUGUUCCCUGCCUGGGCGGUUAUCGGUUGCAGCCAGGCACCACCUAGUUCUUCUCUGAUUGAUGUGGCCCUUUCUAUCAGAUAGGCUCAUAAUUAUCUUGUGUCUUUGGUAUUCUUCAUUCUCUUUUGCUCCAGGUAGUUUGAGACCAAUUGAUGCCUCCUAGAUGGUGGUUCGAAACCAUGGUGGCAUAGUGGUUAAGUGUUACGGCUGCUAACGAAAAGGUUGGCACUUUAUACCCACCAGGUGGUCCUUGGAAACUCUAUAGGACAGUUCUACUCUGUUCUGUAGGGUCGCUAUCAGUCAGAAUCGACUGGACAGCAGGUUUUUGGUUUGAGAUGGUGGCUCUCUAGCAUUUAAGACCCCAGAUGCCACUCACCAAAGUGGGAUGCAGAAUGUUUUCUUAAUAGAUUAGGAUAAUCAGUUUUUAAAAAAAUAUAUAUAGAAUUAAGUUGUUUUUUAAACUUCUAGAGUGAUUCCCCUGGUGACCUGAACUACUAAUUGUUAGAGAUGAUCCAAAAAUCUAGGCAAGACUAAGGUCGAUAAAUUUCAUGUCCUCAUUUACACUGGGUGACACUGGUGCUCUUGGCAUUGCCUCACACAGGUGAGUGUGGCUGCUGGUCUAGUAGCAACCACUGGCGUCUGAGUUGCUCCUGUUUCCACAGCCAGCAGGCCAGCAGACAAGGGGAGGCCAUGUGAACAUGUGACCACUAGCAGCAGGAAACUUCAUUGACCACAUCCUCUUCAGAGCUGAGUCAUAAGUUGUAAAGUUUCCUAGCAGGGAAGUAGGGUUCUUCCAGUGUGGGGGUGCUGCUCUGGGAAUACCCAUCCAAAUCCAUUAGGCUCUCUAAAGGUGCUGCCAUCAUUUUGAAAGUGGAGUCUUUUACUCCCCUAAACUUCUACAUCCUUAAGCCUUGACUGAUAUCACCCCUCUGGAAUUAUGCAUGAGAGACCAGUAAAUAAGAUACCUUUUAGGGAAUGAAAACUAAAAAUCUAAUAGAAAAAUUUAUAUUCUUUAUAAUACAAAAUUAAGUUCUAGAUGAAUUAAGAAUAAAACAAUUUUAAAUAGGUAUAUUAAACUGGUUAUUUUAUAUAGUCGUCCCUCAGUAUCGGAGGUUCCAGGACCUUCCACAGAUAGAAAAAUCCAGGGAUGCUCAAGUCCCUUAUAUAAAAUGGCAUAGUAUUUGCAUAUAAUCUAUGCAAUCCUCCAGUAUACUUUUAAAUCAUCUCUAGAUUACUUAUAAUACCUAAUACAGUGUAAAUGCCAUGUAAAUAGUUGUUAUACUGUAUUGUUUAGGGAAUAAUGACAAAAAAAAGUUUUUUUCCAAAUAUUUUUGAUCUGCGGUUGGUUGAAUCCGCAGAUGCAGAACCUGUGGAUACAGAGAGCGGGCUUUACUUAAAACAAUUGGGAGAAACAGAAGGAAGAAGACCAAUGUAUGUGAAAAUUAAAUACUCUAAUUCUGUGUGUGUGUUUUUCUUUAACACAACCUAGAACAAAUAGUUAAUGCAGAAGUAUACAAAUGCUAAAAAAAAAAAAAAAAAAAAGUGUAAAAUCUUUACCCAGGGGGUAUUUUAAUAAACUAGUAAGAAAUAUAAGGAUACUGUUGAGAAUUGACAGAGGGAUAUGUCCAGACAUUUAUGAAUGUGGAGCUAUUUGAAUAAACAUCUGGCUUUCUUUCCCUCCAUAGCCAUUUUUCAUAAAGUAUUCUUGCACAUUAGCCCCCAAAUUCAGGAUUCAAACUUAUGCUGCAAUCAAAUUACUACAUUAAGGAUCUACCUUAAAGAGUCAGAAAUUCUAAGGCUAAAUAUGUUCUGAAGGUCUACCUCACUUACAAAAUACAAUUAAAAAAACCUAAAAUUUAAUAACAUCAUAAUGGUAAAUUAAUUAGGUAUUGAGAGAAGUAGUUAUAAUUUGCUGUUAGAUUGUCUACCUAGAAAACCAAGGCAACCACCUAAAAAGCAUUAACUUUUAUUAAAGCAGGACCUAUAAUAUCUCCUUUAGACUAUUUUAAGUCUAGGUUCAGGGUCCCUAAUGGUUUGUCCACAGUUCCAAAAUUCAGUAAGCUAUAAAAGUUAACAGUAAAACCUGGCCUGAACUGAUGGAAGGCCUUAUACUUUGUUUAUCUUACUUCAUUUCCUUGAUUUCUACAGAAAUGUUAAUGUGUUUGAUAACAGGGUGCUGCCUUAGACUCCAACAGAAGAGUUACAUAAUACAUGGUUUAUACACCACCAUGUUAUCUAUCUAAAGUCCAAAAUGUUUUAAAUUCCAAAAUUCAUUUGGUCCUGGGCUUUUACGCAAGGGAUCAUACCAAAAACCAAAUCUGUUGCUGUCAAGUCAAUUCUAACUCAUAGCAACCCUAUAGGACAGACUAGAACUGUCCCAUAGGGUUUCCAAGGAGUGGCUGGUAGAUUCAGACUGUUGAACUUUUGGUUAACAGCCGAGUGCUUAACCACUGUGCCACAGGGCUCCAAGGGAGCAUAAACCUAUACUAUUAUUCCCCUAUAGCAUCCCAUGCAUCAUAUGCAUAUGAAAGCUGGACAAUGAAUAAGGAAGACUGAAGAAGAAUUGACGCCUUUGAAUUGUGGUGUUGGCGAAGAAUAUUGAAUAUACCAUGGACUGCCAAAAGAACGAACAAAUCUGUCUUGGAAGAAGUACAACCAGAAUUCUCCUUAGAAGCAAGGAUGGGGACACUGCAUCGUACAUACUUUGGACGUGUUGUCAGGAGGGAUCAGUCCCUAGAGAAGGACAUCGUACUUGCCAGAGUACAGGGUCAGCGGAAAAGAGGAAGACCCUCAACAGGGUGGAUUGACACAGUGGCUGCAACAAUGAGCUCAAGCAUAACAAUGAUUGUAAGGAUGGCUCAGGUCCGGGCAGUGUUUCGUUCUGUUGUACCUAGGGUCACUAAGAGUCAGAACUGACUUGAUGGCACCUAACAACAAUAGCAGGUCCCUGUGUGGCACAACCAACAACUAACCUAAAGGUUGGCAGUUCAAACCCACUCAGCAAUGCUAUGGAAGAAAGGCCUGCUGACCUGCUUCUGUAAAGAUUACAGCCAUGAAAACCCGAUGGGGCACAGUUCUACUCUGUAACACAUGGGGUCACCAUGAGUCGGAAAUGACAGCAAUGGGGGACAAAAAAUAGCAGGUGAGGAAAUAGCUCAUCAAGUUAAGAAAUGUGCACAGGAUCACACAACUAAAAAAUUGACAGGACUAGACUAGAUCUCAUAACUUUCUGACCCCAAAACUUGUCUUUGUCAGGCCAUUAGAUAAAAUCUACAACCACUUUUUUUCAAGUUGUUUCCUUCCCUCCCAUCAUUAAUAGCUAGAUUUAAAAUUCUAAAAGAUACUGAAAAUAGAAUUAAAUAUAUAUAUAUGUAAGUAUCAGUCACAGUAGCAACCAAAAAUAAAAUGUAAAAUCCCUAGAAAUAAUGCUAACUAGAAAUAUUGCCUCAUAUGAAGAAACUAUUAAAAAACUUGACUAAGAGACAUCCUACUCCUGGAUGGGGUUGCUGAAUGUUGUAAAAGUCAAUUCUUGUCUCUAAACUAAUGCUGUAGGUUUCAAGUAUUCUAAUCAAAAUACCAGCAGAAUGUUUUUUGAACGUUGGAAUUACCCAGAAACAGGCCUUAGCAUGUAGAAGAAUUUGAUGUGUGAAAAAUUAGCACCACAGAUUAAUAGGAAAAUAAUUCUUGGGGAAAAAUAACUAUUUUGGGGAAAAUAUUCCUUAUCUCAUACCUUAUAUCAAAAUAAAACACAAGCUGUGUAAAGAGGUAAUUUUUUAAAAAAAUCAUUAAGAAGAGCAAAAAAAAAAAAAGUUUAGGUUAAUAACAUCUCAGGAUGGUGAAGCACUUUCUAAACAAAAACAAUGGAUAAAAUCAUGAAGGGAAGGAAUCUGUAUAUUUGACUACAUAAAAAUUAAAAUUUUGCUAACGAUAAAACACCAACAAUAAACAAAGAACAAAUGGUAGGAAAAUAGUAACAUUCCAAUAGAAAAAAUGUACUAACAAUACAGGUCAUGAAAAUUUUCUUAUCAAUAGACUUAAAAAAAUUUGUUAGUCUCAUCAUUUUUAAAAUGCAAAUUACAAGGUACAAGGCCAUAUUUUCCAUAAAGCCAGCAAAACUGAAAUUAUAAUACAUAAUGUACUUAGCAAGUUGCAAGUGCUCAAUAAAUAUUUGUAUAAAGGAAUGGUGAGCUAAUUAAAAGCUACUCCUGCUAGUGGGAGUAUACCUUAAUUCAGUCUUUUUGGAGGGCAACUUGGGAAUAUGCAUCAAAAGCAAACAAAAAGUAAUUCACAUUAUAAGAAUUUAUCCUUAGAAAACAAUUAGAUAGGCAAAAUUACCUCAGUAAUUUUAUGUAUAACAAGUACAAUUUUAUGUACAAUAAAUUACAUUUGCAUCCAAUACUGUGGAAUAUUGAUGGCCAUUAAAACCCGUUCUGAAGAACAUUUAAUGAUAUGGAAAACAUUUACAAUGUAAGAUUAUUUAAGAAACAUGAUGCAAAAUAAACAGUGUGAUUCAGAGGCAGACACUCUUGGUACCCAUCACCUCUACCUUUCUGAUUUAUGCCCCACGUGGUUCAGUUCUGACUCCAGCCAACAGCAUCCCACUUCAAGUGCUCCAUGCAUUUCCUGCUUCUCUGAAGCCUCAGGCCUUCUUUGAAGCCACAAAAGCCUGCUUAGUCUGUGCAAGCCAAACACAACUUGAAGUGCAGGGGAAAUAAUGCCAGCUGGAGCUGGUGGGUAAAUGCCCCAACCUCCUGUGGGGCAUUUCUGGAAUGAACUAUAGAGGUCUCUAGAACUCUGAAGCUGUAUGCAAACGUUGUUGUUGUUUGGUGCCAUCGAGUCAGUUCCGGCUCAUAGUGACCCUAUGUACAACAGAACAGAAUGAAACACUGCUCGGUCCUACUCCAUCCCCACAAUCGUUAUGCUUGAGCCCAUUGUUGCAGCUGCUGUAUCAAUCCAUCUUGUUGAGGUUCUUCCUCUUUUUUGAUGACCCUCUGCAUGCAAAUGUUAGUGCAUGUCUUAUCUUAAUUUCCCCAAAAGAGAAUGAUAGCUUUCAUCAGAUAUUCAUGAAGUCUUUUUCCUAAAACAAAAACCACUGGCAGAAAGGAAAACAGUAGAAGGAAGACGGUAAAAUACUAACAGUAAUAGAUGAUUUCUGGAUGAUGGAAUUACGAAUACAUCCCAUUUUUUUCUUUAUAAUCACCUGUAUUUCCUAAAAUUUUAAUAAGGUCUAUUAUGAAAAAAUUAAAAUACCCUAAAUAUCCAGCAAAAGGAAAUUGAUUAAGAAAUAAUUAUGGUUCAAUAAAAUAUUGUGCUACCAUUAAUAAUAUUUUUGAAGAGUUUAAAAUGACACUGAAAAAUAUUUAUGACAGAAAUGGGAAAAAAAUAGGAUAUGAGAUAGUUUACAAAGUCUAUGAUCUCAGCAAUGUAAAAAACGCAUGGUAAAAAUUCACAGAAGUUAAGCCAAAAUGUUCACAGCGGUUAUGAAUAGUUUUUCUCAUUUUUAAAUAUUUUAAUGUAUUUUCCAAAUGAUCUUCAAUGAUCAUGUAUUACUAAGGAAUCAGAUAAAACAUAAUUUUAAAAAUCUAUACUGUAAAGUAUACCAAAAAAAAAAAAAAAAACCCCAAACCUGUAGCCGUUGAGUCAAUUCCAACCCACAGUGACCCUAUAGAAUAGAGUAAAAAUGCCCCGGCUUUCCAAGGAGCACCUGGUGGAUUUGAACUGCUGACCUUUUGGUUUGCAGCCAAACUCUUAACCACUACGCCACCAGGGUUCCCACUAGUAUGGAUUUUUUUUUUUUUCCAACUGCUUAACAUUGUCAGUCUUUUUUGAGCAAAUAGGCCCAAGUUAUCCCAAUAAAAUACCAAAAGAGAAGGUACAGAUAUUCUUACUUUUUUGAAAGUGUUUGUAUGUACAUCGUAUAGAAGCAUUACCAAGGUAUUUUAAUGGAGAUGAGCCUGCGUCAGCAGGUCAUAAUGCCGCCUAGAGACUCUGGUUCAAGUCCUGCAUGGGCUGCUUGCUUUUCUCAGUUCUAGACCACAAAGAACUCCUAGCCCAGGUGACUCCAGACUCCUUGCGCUCAUGAAGUGGGUUGACUUUGUCCAAGGCAAAGCCUUCGCCACUAUGCAGAGCACAAGCUUCAUGGAAGGGAGAAAGCAGCUUCUUGGUCUACAAAGUUCUCUUGCACACAAUCUCAUCCUGUUCACCUACUGUCAAUCUGACUGACCUCAGAUUUGAACAGCGUAGUCUGCAGACCUAGGAACCCGCCUUACCUUAUCUUUGGAUGAAAGAUGACACCUUCAUGUGCUGGUACUUGGUUAUGACUCAAAAAGAGUCUCUUGGGUAACAAAAAGCACAUUUGCCCCCUGAUCCCUCUACGCAAGAAGGAAAUCACUGAGUUCAGUGUGGUUUUAGAUUCUCUGUAACACUACCAUUCUGUGCCCACAUCCCAUGAGAGUAAGCAGUGAAGACUUUUAACCUGAAAUGUGCCAGACUAGUGGUUCUUACCCAGGGUUUCACAUCAGAACCAUCAGGAGAACUUUUUCAAAGAACACCAGCCAGGCCCCCACCCUGAUCUAGCAAAUCAGAAUCUCCCAGGAUGCUGCUCUGGGCACGGGUAUUUUGAGAACACUCCGCAGAAAGGUCUGGUGUUUGCUGCUGAUUAAGAAGGAAUGUAAGAAGUUACCUGCAGACCCCUGAGGGAGCAGGAGAUCAGUGGGAUGCAGACCCCAAAUUCUCACAAAAAGACCAUACUUAAUGGUCUGACUGAGACUAGAGGAAUCCCGGAGGUCAUGGUCCCCAAACCUUCUGUUGGCCCAGGACAGGAACCAUUCCCGAAGACAACUCAGCAGACAUGAACGGGACUGGACAAUGAGUAGGAGAGAGAUGCUGAUGAAGAGUGAGCUAAUUAUAUCAGGUGGACAUUUGAGACUGUGUUGGCAUCUCCUGUCUGGAGGGGAGAUGGGAGGAUAGAGAGAAUAGGAAGCUGGCAAAAUUGUCACGAAAGGAGAGAAUGGAAGGGCUGACUCAGUAGGGGGAGAGCAAGUGGGAGUAUGGAGUAAGGUGUAUAUAAACUUAUAUGUGACAGCCUGACUUGAUUUGUAAACAUUCACUUGAAGCUCAAUAAAAGUUAAUUAAAAAAAAAAGUAACCUGCAGGUAAUGUGAUCAUAUUCAAGUGUAUUUGGGAUUUGUAGUGGAUUGAAUUGUGUUCCCCUAAAAUGUGUGUCAACUUGGCUAGGCCAUGGUUCCCAGUACUGUGUGGUUGUCCUCCAUUUUGUGAUCUGAUGUAAUUUUCCUGUGUUGUAAAUCCUAAUUUCUGCCUGUAGCUAAUGAGGCAAGAUUGGGUCAUGUUAAAGAGGAUUAGAGUGGGAUGCAACACUCUUACUCAGGUCACAGCCCUGAUCCAAUGUGAGGGGAGUUUCUCUAGGGUGUGGCCUGCUUCACCUUUUUGUGUGUGUGUGUGUGCUUUAGAUGAAGGUUUACCGAGCAAAUUAGUGUUUCAUUAAAUGAUUAAUACACAUAUUGUUUUGUGACAUUGAUUGCCAGCCCUGUGACAGGUCAACAUUCUCCCCGUCUCGACCUUGGGGUCCCCCAUUUCCAUUCUUCCAGCUUUCCUGUCCCCUCCUGCCUCCUUAUUCUUGCCCCUGGACUGGUGUGCCCAUUUACUCUCAUUUACAUGGUUGAGCUAUCUGUAUUAUUGUUUGUUUUAUGGGCCUGUCUAAUCUUUGGCUGAAGGAUGAACCUCAGGAGUGACUUCGGUACUGAGUUAAAAGGGUGUCUGGGGGCCAUACUCUUGGGGUUACUCCAGUCUUUAUCAGACCAGUAAGUCUGGCCUUUUUUGUGAGUUAGAUUAGAAUUUUGUUCUACAAUUUUCUCCAGCUAUGUCUGGGACCCUCUAUUGUGAUCCUUGUCAGAGCAGUUGGUAGUGGUAGCCGGGCACCAUCUAGUUGUGCUAGACUCAGUCUGGUGGAGGCUGUGGUAGUUGUGGUCCAUUAGUCCUUUGGACUAAUCUUUCCCUUAUGUCUUUGGUUUUCUUUAUUCUUCCUUGCUCCAGACAGGGUGGGCCCAGUGGAGUAUCUUAGAUGGCCACUCACAAGCUUUUAAGCCCAGAAUCUACUCACCAAAGUAGGAUGUAGAACAUUUUCUUUAUAAACUGUGUUAUGCCAAAUGAGCUAGACGUCCCCCAAUCCCACUGCAUCGCCUUUUAUCCUACAAAAGAUAAAAGGAGAGAGAAGUGAGCAGAGAGAGAGGGACCUCAUACCACCAAGAAGAAGCGCCGGGGCGUGGAGUGCAUCUUUUGGGCCUGGGAUCCCUGUACUGAGAAGCUUCUAGACCAGGGGAAGAUUGAUGACGAGGACCUACCCCCAGAGCCAACAGAGAAAGAAAACCUUCCCCUAGAGCUAGUGUCCUGAAUUUGGACUUCUAUCCUCCUAAACCGUGGAAAAAUAAAAUUCCGUUUGUUAUAGUAGCACUAGAUGACUAAGACAGGGCUCAUCCUACCUCUACUCCUAUUUUGGUUGGUGGGCAGCUUAGCAGUGAGCUGAGGAGCCCAAUGGCUUUCUAGGAAGUGACCCCUAUGCAUUAGGUUCAUGCCAUUUGUACCUUUGCUGACCUCAUCCUUGACCUCUAAAGUCAGCUGAAGAAAUGUAGUUGUUAGCUGCCGUUGAGUUGGCCUCUGACUCUUGGUGACCCCAUGCACAACAGAAUGAAGUGCUGCCCAGACCACAAACAACUGGUCCUGCACCAUUGUGAUCCGUAGGGUUUUCAUUGGCUGAUUUUUGGAAGUAGAUCACCAGGCCUUUUUCCCUAGUCUGUCUUAGUCUGAAAGCUCCUCCGAAACCUGUUCGGCAUCAAUAUUGAUAUGUAAACCCCCACUGACAGACAGAUGGUUGCUGCACAUGAGCUGCAUUGGCCGGGAAUCAAACCUAAGUCUCCUGCACGGAUGGCAAGAAUUCUACAAAUGAACCACCACUUCCCCCAUAAUCAAGGAAAUAAAAGGUGCAAAUGUCUAACUUAACAAUUAGCCCCUCUUGGCAGACCAGCUUUGUCGCAACCGCAUCCUCGGGGCUUCCCUUUCAAGGACUCUAGCCGUACCCACCAGGGCUUUCUACAGAACCCUCUCAGUGAGAAGCCUCUCCCAGAUCCAAAGGGAUAGGAAUGAAACAAAGAGAAACUUGCAUUUAGAAGAAAGGAAUGCACCGUUGUCCUAGAUGGCAAGUGGUGUUGCGUAAACUUUGGUGAAGCUUUUAAUGCCCCUUUGAAACAGUUCCCAAGAGGAGACUAUCCAGAUUAGAGUCAUCCUUGGCAGAUAAAUCUACAUCUGACCUUAUUGCAGGAGGUGACCCACAGACCUCAGAGUUAAACAAGUCGUUUAGGUUUUACCAAAAGCUGUAGUGAUUAAGCUUUCAUUGGGGACCGGAAUGAGGAUGAAAAGGAGAAGCAGAAGAAGAACAGGAAAGACCUGGUUUCCCUGGCAGUUGGAGGGAUGGUUUCGGGGGAGCCCCAGCUAGCAGCCUCAGAGUACCCAGCCUCAUGGGGGUUUUCCAGGGAUAGAGGCCUCAAGCAACACUUCAAUUAUCAACCAGCUCUAGCUGUGUAGUUGACAACUACUAUCAGAGCCACGUUUGCUGGGUCAGUAUAACUAGGGUCAUGCUGCUUGGGCAGUGUCCGGGGGCCUGGAUGGCACUUGUUUUGGGAACCUCAUACAAGUUCCCAUCCAGAGAGAAGGCACAAAAACUCCUGUGAAGAUGGACAUUUCUCAGGUGAUAGUAGUCAAGCACUAAGUUUUAGAUAGACAGAGCCAUCAUGGGGCAAAAUCACCUCCUUCAAAAAAGUAGCCCAUAGAAACCCAUCAUUGCAGGGUGAGCUGGAGAGGGCCACUUUCAUCUCUGUGCCUGUAUCCAGCAGUUACCCAGGAAAAGGUGCUUCAAGAGGGAACCCAGGGAAGCAAUGCUACAAAGGGGACACAUCAUUGCACCACCUCCUUCUCGAUUUGGGAAAAGUUUUCUUUGUUCUUUUUUUUGAUCAGCAAAUAUUUUUGAGCCCUUCCUUUGGGUCAGGCCCUACCUUAGGGCCUGGGGGGUACAGUGAUGACAAUGGCAGCCAAGGGCUAAGGGUAUUCCUUGCAGAGACUCUCCUCCAAGUGAGCCAUGUUGGAGAUGUCGUGGUAGCUUCGCAUCCUGCCUGCACCCAGCAGUGUGGAUCACAGAAGUGGGCCAGGCAGGAAGCCAUCUUAUGCAAAAGCAGCCUCUCGCCUCCUUCCAAGUGGGCUCUGUUGAAGGCACCCCCAGGGACUGGCGGAGACCUGCCUGUGAUUGGUGAGAGGAAGCCUUGAACAACUCUCAUUUGUAGUAUGCGUGAUAUGCCCCCUUCCUGUCAAAAACUACAUGGACAACCCUUCUGGGUUUUUUGUUUCUUUUCUUUUCCCUGUGAAGUGUACUUAAAAAACAAAACACCAUUGUAAAACAGGGUAUUAUACCAUUUCUUCUAAAGCAGGAAGGGCGGCAGGUGCUCACAGCUCUGACUUCACAUUUCUCAAAAACCCCAGCGCUGGGCCUCCCUUACACAGAGGAGCCAGGGGAGCUGUGGACUUCCAGUGAGGGGAAUAAAUAGACACAUGAACCCCUGUCCAGCCACUUGGACAAGGCAACAUGGCAGAGCUCGGAGUGGGGAGAAUCCUGCUCAAGGCCAUGGUCAAUGGCUCCCAAUAGCUAUAUAUCCAGCAUCAAAGGGCCAGCCCUGCAUUUGUUCCAUUUUAAACUGGACCUCAAGGGGGCAGAGUAGAUGGCGGGAGGCCUCAGGGUGCCUCACCCAGGGAGUGUGUGAGCCAGGCCAGCUGGAGAGGGAGAGGCAGAAAAGCACAGAAGAAACGGGCGGGGAGGCCUGAAAUGAAACUCCUACUUUCCUGCCAAGCUCCUCUCUGUAGCUUUGGGCUGUGCCAGGAGGUCCUGAAGCGAGUCAGCCCCUACAGAGCAUCCAGAACUCUUCCAACUUUUCUUCCUGUCCUCGUUGAGAGUUCUGGCCUCUUGAAGCCCACUUGCCCAGAACAGAUUUUGUAAACUUCAGUGGUCAGCUAACAAACCAGCUUACUUAUCAGAGGACUGGAGCCAGGAGGAUUCCAAGUCUUGGGUUGGGGAAACCCUAUCUUGCAUGGCUUCCUUCCUUCCUCCCCUGGGCUGGGCCCAACAGGGGUGAGAGGCCUUCUGGGCCUGGCACUGGGCUGCGGGGCAUCCAGCCAAGUGUCCAGAGGACACUCCUCUUGGCACCUGGAUCCUUCUCACCCUCCUGGGGCACAGAGAGCGUGAGGCUCCUGUUCUGGAGACCGACAAACAGAAAACACCUGCUGUAGCCAGACUUCCUGGGAAAAAAGGAGAAGAACAUUGGUCAGGAGACUUUCUA